AUGGCUUCCGCACCACGAGAAUUUCUCCCAGUCGUCCUGGGCCACGGCUGCUUCAUGGUCGAUCGAUCAGGCCGCGUCAAGCGAGACAGCAAGGGACAAAUCUUGUACAUCAUCCCGAUCCACAACGACUUCCUGAAGAUGGCUCCCAGUCUGGCAGCUCGCCAGUACUGGCCGAGAGGCACUGCAAAACAGGUGCCCCGCAAGACCUCAGUUGUCCUCCUCAUCCCGACCAUCAACACUGCCUGUAACGACCAGCGCGUAGUCACUAAGGUUGGCUACACCAUGUUCGACAGGGCUUCGGUCUACCACAGAAUCGACAAGACAGUGGGCGGACCGCGAAAGCCGCUUGCUGGUUGCUUGCCGCCGGGCAUUCGAGGGGAAAACAUAUUCAAAUUCGGCACACUCGACACUAUAUCGUGUCAGACACUGCCCAUCACCACCCGGCAACCUGCUCGUCCCCCCGACACACCGCCCAGCCCUACGCCUUCGCCUUCCGCAAGUCUCAGUUCGUCGACCGAGGAAGAAUCCGAGGCCUGCUGGCGGACAUCUUCCAGCGCGCUGCGCGAGCCUGUCGAGUCCGAGCUCGCCGCGUCUGAGCUCAUCAAGUGUGAGCCCACGGAGUCUGAGACCGCCCAGCGCAAGCGAAACAUUCGUGAGGCUGAGCUGAAUGAGCAGUAUUGUGUGCUGGUCGAGAAGCGGCUCAGGCCCGACGACGAAUAG